AUGCGUAAGAAACAGAAGCUCCUGCCGGGGCUGUCCGACUUUGUCCUGCUGGUGCUGCUCGCCCGCCUAGCGCUGGUCCUCGGGCAGACGAACUGCAACAACGGCCAGGGCCGCAUACUGUACGAGCGGCUGCCGAACCAGCAGCUCCAGGGUUUCGACGAUGACGUCGUGCGCGAUUCGGCGCCCCCGUUUCGGGUGCUGGAAAAGUGUCAGGAUCUGUGCCUGCGGGACCGCACUGCGUCCAACAAUCUGGGACGGGCCUGCACGAGCUUCGACUUCCAGCCCGGCAGCCGGAUCGCAUCGUUCAGCGGGAGCGUCGAGUACGAGGAGUCCACCUGCUACCUGACCCGCGAGCAGGCUGCCCCGGAGGGCAUCGGCAACCUGAUGCUCGUCCCGAACAGUGUGCACUUCACCGAGGUGUGCAUCAGCUCCAGUAGACCGGACCGGGAGUGUCCUAGCCGGCGGUACGUGUUCGAACGUCACCCGCGCAAGAAACUGAAGCUCCCGGUGUCCGACAUCAAGGAAGUGACGGCAGCCAAUCGUUCCGACUGCGAGGACAAGUGUCUGAACGAGUUCUCGUUCGUGUGCCGGUCGGCCAACUUCGACUCGACCCUGCGCAGCUGCGCGAUGAGCCGGUUCACCCGACGCACGCAUCCCGAGCUGCUGGAGGACGAUCCGAACUCGGACUACCUCGAGAACACCUGCCUCAACUCGGAGCGCCGCUGCGACGGGUUGAUCGUGUACGUGAAAGAGGAAAACAAGCGCCUCGGCGGUCCGUUUGAGGUCGAGAUCUUCAACAACAUGACGCUGGAGGAGUGCCAGUCACUGUGCCUGCGGGCGGAGAAGUACUUCUGCCGCUCGAUCGAGUUCGACGACCAGACGAAGCAGUGCAUCCUGUCGGAGGAGGACUCGGUGUCGCAGAAGGACGACCUCAGCAUCAGCUCGAGCCCCACGCACCACUUCUACGAUCUCGUCUGCCUGGACAAUCAGCGUGGCUCGGAAUAUCCGGAAACGUCCGCCACGUCCCAUCUGUUCGCGAGUGGCCGCCGGCCCGAUACCGCCUUCCAGCGGUACCGCAACUCGCGGCUGGGCGGCGAGUUCCACUCGGAAAUCACGGGCAGGUCGCUUAGCGAGUGUCUGGACGAGUGCUUGCGGCAGACGAGCUUUCAGUGCCGCUCGGCCGUCUAUAGCGAUCGGUUCCGCACCUGCCGUCUCAGCCGCUACAACCAGCGGGACGGAAUGCGCAUCAUCUACGAUGCCGACUACGACUACUACGAGAAUCUGAUGCCGCACCUAGUCGGCGGCGACACGGACACUACCAAUGGGCGACCGGAUCCGACCGAUUGGCGACCUCCGUACGGCGGUGGCGGAGGUGGAACUGGAGGCGAUCGUGAUCGCGACCGUGUGCCGGACGAUCGGUUACCACCGGGACGCUACCCGCCGGGCGAUCGGUACGGACCGAUGGGCCCACGGCCCGACUACGGAGGCGAACCGUUCCCCGGUGGCUACCCACCCACGGAUCGGUACCCCGGGUCGACCGACCGCUAUCCGGUCGGCCCCGGAACCGAUCGCUAUCCAUCGGGGGGCGGCGGCGGCGGCGACUACGACACCCGCUACCCACCGGUCUACGACAAUCGCUACCCCGGCGACCGGUACGGUCCCACCGAUCGCUAUCCGGACCGUGACCCCGAUCCGAUGUACCUCCCCGGGGGGCCCAUGCGUCCUUAUCCUCCGCCCAUGCCCGACUCACGCUACCCUCCGAUGCCUCCCGAUUCACGGUACCCACCGGGACCGGACUCCCGGUAUCCCAUGGACCGCUAUCCUUCACCACUCGACUCCCGCUACCCAAGCGAUUCUCGCUAUCCUCCAACUCAGCCGGACGCCGGUCGGUAUCCUGCCGGUCGGUAUCCUGCCGGUCCGGGUCCAGACUCUCGCUACCCAUCCCCCGGUGGUGACUCCCGCUACCCUAGCCAAUCCGGUCGUCCCGAUUCCCGCUACCCAAUGAUGGCUCCACCGGCUACACGCUACCCACCACCCCAGUACGUACCGCACAUGUACGGGUCCGGCAUGUAUCCGGUGGCCCCAUCGAGGACGCCCCCGAACCGAGGCUACCCACCCGACCCGUACCCACCGCCGGUCCGCCCCAUCGACAACAAUCGCUAUCCGGCGCCGGAAACACGCUACCCACUGGAACCGGCGGCAUCCCAGGGACGCUACCCACCACCGUCAUCACCCAACGUUUCUCCGUUCCACAAGUACAUGACUCGUCCGUCCGGUUACGAUCCCUACAUGCCACCCGGUUACGGACCGGAGCGAGGUUAUGUGGACGAUCGCUACGGUGGCUACUACCCGCCGAGUGGCGGAGGGCGUCUGCCGCCGCAGAUGCCCGCGUUCCCGGACCGUGACCGAGGGUACCGGCGGCCGGUCGUCGGAAUGGCACCGGACGGCGGUGGCUACCCGUUCGAGAUCCCGUACGGACCGUCGGGCACCGGCUACGACAAUACGGUCGGCGGUGGCGAUGGUUUCGGCGGCUACGGACCGCAGCGGCCGUACGAGACGCGUUGUGACAACGCGGACACCUUCAAGCAGGUGGCGUCGAAGCGCAAGAUGCGCAAACAGUUCAUCCGGCGCGUCAUCAACGCCCCGUCGCUCGGCAUCUGUCAGCAGGAGUGUGCCGGGGCACGGGACUUUAUGUGCCGCAGCUUCAACUAUCGCGACGGGGCUCCGUACGAGACCGAGGGUAACUGCGAGCUGAGCGACCGGGACUCGCGCGAUCUGGACGUCCCGAGUACGCAGAUGUUCGAGAGCGACAGCUCCGAUUACUACGAGCGGACGCCCGGUGGCCGCGGAGGAUCACACGACGAGUGUCUCGAUGUCGGCCAGGUCUGUAACGAAGACGGGAUGGAGUUUACCCUGCGCACUCCGGAAGGCUUCAUUGGGCGCAUCUACGCGUACGGAUUCUACGAUCGGUGUUUCUUCCGGGGCAAUGGCGGCACGGUGAACGUGCUGCGGAUCAGCGGACCACAGGGCUAUCCGGAGUGUGGCACACAGCGAUAUGGUGACACGAUGACCAACAUCAUAGUGGUGCAGUUCUCCGACAACGUGCAGACGGGACGCGACAAGCGCUUCAACCUAACCUGCAUGUUCCGAGGCCCCGGCGAAGCGGUCGUCACAUCCGGGUACAUCGGUGCAGGUAUUCAAUCCAUUGACAGAUCCGGUAGCCCGAUCCCGAUCGAGUACCUGCCGGCGGAAAACUCGAUGAGCAACAAGGUGCGGCUGAUGAUUCUGUACCAGGGCCGCCCAACGACCACGAUCGCCGUCGGCGAUCCGCUUACGUUCCGGCUCGAGUCCCAGGACGGCUACAGCCACGCGACGGACAUCUUUGCCACGAACGUCGUCGCCCGGGAUCCGUACUCCGGGCGCAGCGUACAGCUGAUCGAUAACUAUGGCUGUCCGGUGGAUAGUUUGGUGUUCCCGGAGCUCGGACGAUCACGGGAUAACGAUGCCCUGGAAGCACGCUUCAACGCGUUCAAGAUACCGGAAUCGAACUUCCUCGUCUUCGAGGCGACCGUCCGAACGUGUCGCGGAGGCUGUCAACCGGCCUACUGUCCCGGACCGAGCGGUCGUUCCGAGCCCUCGUUCGGUCGCCGGAAGCGCUCGCUGGAGAACGGAACGGAGUUCGAUGGACCAGCCGCCGAGCCACUGGUCGGUGGCGGGAGCUCCCAGAUUGCCGGCGACGGCGUCAACGAGGACGGCGAAGUGCUCGUCGUGAACGGCACCGUGGUGAACGGAAGUGCUUCAACGGUGAGAGCCAACCCUGGCGAUGCGUCGGCCGAAGCCAACGUCGAGGCGUCCAGCGCGAGCGGCGAAAUGCCGGAGCAAGUGCGCGAAAUGAUUGAGACACGAUCCUACCGUCACGCGCAGGUGUUUCAGUCGCGCGAGGAGAUGCAGCAGGACACGGUCGCACGGAAGAUGGUGGCCCCGGUCGAGUCCGUCUGCCUGACGCACGCCGAGUACUACGGGCUGAUCAGUGCGGUCGUGCUGCUAAUCAUUCUUCUGAUCAGCAUCACGUUCGCGGCCGGCAUCGGGUAUCGCAGCUACUGGAAGGUGUUCCACAAGAACCGCACCCUCGACCGUCACUCGCCCGUCAACUCGUUCAGCCCGUCGGCCCUGCACAACGUGUCCGGCAGCCAGUUCGAGGCUUCCGGACGGGUGUCGACCUCCACCACGGGCCGCCGACCGCACGUUCGUACGCCCGGUGUGUCGCUGUUUGGCAAUGGUCUCCAGAAAACGUUCGCUACCGGCAACCUAUCGAGGAUGUGCCAGAUUCCGGUGAUGAAUCCACUGUCCAGAAAUGGGGCCACCAAAAGUGACUUCGACGACCCGAGUGAACCGAUCUACACCGACCCGUCGCUUUUUGAACGAUCAAGAUCACUGCGAUCGAUCGCCGUCGAUCAAACGGAAGAUGCCAACAAUGUCUGA